UGCUAAUCAACUGAAUGUUAAUUCAAGGUUGACUGAAACGUUUAUAGAAAUAAUCAGUUGUUUAACACUGCAUUAUUAUUAUUUGAUAAUGCGUUUGCGAGUAUGAUUUACGUCGGAUGAUUUUAAUUGUGAUUGGGCAGUUUGAUUUCAAUGAUGCAGGAUUCGAUGCAUUUGUACAAAGAGAUUUAGGUGGCAUUCGUGGUGCGCACAAGAAUGUGAGCGUCAAUGGAACGAUAAAAACCGUACAUCUGUUUCUUGGAGUUCCUUAUGCAAAGCCUCCGGUUGGCCGGCUGCGCUUUCAGAGGCCGGAACCAUUUUUAAAUUUCACGACUGAUUCUACCAAGUACAACGGAAACUACUUCCGGAGCGCUUGCGUCCAAUCCGUGGUCAGAAAACCGGUUUUCACAAACCAGUCAGAAGAUUGUCUAUACUUGAAUAUAUACAAACCUGCAAAGGCAAGUAAUCUCGCGAUAAUGAUUUGGAUUCACGGCGGCGGUUUUACUUCCGGUUCAGGUGACCAGCUCAACAUGGAGUACUUGGCUGCAUUCGGUAAUGUCAUUGUCAUAACAUUUAAUUAUCGUCUUGGUGUAUUUGGCUUUUUUAGUACUAUGGAUGAAAAUGCCAUGGGAAAUUAUGGUUUGUGGGAUCAAAGACUUGUGUUUCAAUGGGUUAAGAAAUACAUCCAUUCCUUCGGUGGAGAUCCAAACAGAAUAACAAUCUUUGGUCAGUCCGAAGGUGCUGUCAGCUGUUCUUUACACGCCAUGGCAGAAAUGAAUCGCAAUUUAUUUCAGAGAGUGAUUACACAGAGCGGUAGUGCAAUGUCCGUGUUAAACAAUAUAUCUGUUGAUGCCCGACUUAACGCCAUACAUGUUGCAGAAGAAGUCGGAUGCCAAAUCACAAACGAAGAUUACAACAACAAAAGCAAACUUGCAGACAUGGUACAAUGUGUAAGGAAUAUGGACGUACAAACAAUAAAGGACGUAAUGAUAACAACAAGAAACAAAGACCAAGUUGAGGGUUUACCUGUAUUCUUGCCAGUUGUCGACGGCGACUUAAUAAAGGUUGAUCCGAGAGACCAGAAAAAGUUAGAAACUGAAAAUAACGAAGGUCUUCAAUUUUUUGGAUCACUGGAUUUUCUUAACGGAAUCACGAGUUGGGAGGGUGUUUCAUUUAUGCAUAUAAUACAAAAUGACAUUAAUGAUUUAUUUAAACCUCAACCACGUUCGGAAACCAUUGACAACUGGCUUAAUCCAUCAUUGAUUGAAUCUAUUUUCAAACGAAAGUUUCCAAAAGAAAUUCAACAGGUGGUUUGGAACAGGUAUACGAAUUGGGAUAACCCGUUAAGUCCAGAAACAGUUCGGAAACAACUACUCCAAUUCCUCGGCGAUGUCGCAUACAAUGUUCCCGCAGUUCGUGCUGCCCGUGAACACUUCAAACGUGAGUAUGAUACCGGAUCCGGGAACUACCUUUAUCACUUUGUAGCUGAGCCACCUGUUCAUGUCAUGGAAACUCCCCUCUGGAUAGAGGGUGCUACUCAUGCAGACGACCUAUUGUUUCUGGUAGAAAUGGACAACUUUGACAACUACUCAGACUGGCAGCGACAACUGUCGGUAUCAAUGAUGACAUAUUGGGCUAACUUUGCGAAAACCGGGUCACCGAAUCAAGUCGACAGCAUUCCAAAAUGGGUUCCGUAUAAUGACAGUCAGGAAAUUUAUCUCGAAUUCAGCCAGGAUAUGGGUCCGCAUUCCCUCAAGAAACACCUUUAUUCCGGUGAAACCAACUUCUGGCUAAAGGUGUUCCCUGAUCUUAUCAAGGCAUUCGACAAUAUGGAAAUUGCGGAAAAUCAGUCGUGUACAUCUGCCGCAAUGCGCAAGAGCAACAUUGAUAUAUUGCUGUUAAUCAAUGCCAUUAUCUUUGUAUACAUAUAUGUCUAAUUUGAUUGGAAAAAUGUCCUCGUGAGCAAUCUAUUUUAUGACUAUAUGUUAAGGUGAAUUCAUGUACAAAUCAUAUAUUAAAGCCGUCAUGAAUGGUAGCACAAGUCAUUGUAAUAGAAUCAUGGCCUUUUUACUGCUGCUUAUUAGAUUAAAGCGUAUAUUCAGUGUUCAAGAAACAUUAAAGCUUAUGGUUAACCGCAGCAAUUGCAUCAAUCUUACUUUUUUAUUUCAUUUGCUUUAAGAAAACAUUUGCAAUAAAUCAGUUGAUAGAAAUUUGUUUACUCUUUUCUUUGAACAACCCGCCAGUUUAAUGGAUGACUAUGAUUGAAGUGAGAUUACUACUGCCACGUCUUGACUUCGCUAAUUGUGUAAGCAAAUAAAAAUACUAUUGUUGUUUUGGUUAAUAUCCUUCUCAAAAAAUGUGUUCCUCAAAAUAAUUGUUCUUAGCAAAACAAUUGUUAGGGUCGGAGGUUGAUUUUAAGGUAAGUAUAUCUACCUGAAUCCCAUAUAUGUAUUUACUUUAAAAUAUAUUCAAAUAAUUGUCAUAAUUUAGAGUAUCAAAGCCCUAUCUCAACAUUUUAAACUGUAAUUAUGAAUUGUAUUGAAUUUACCAAUGUUUUAACCUGGUGUCGAGAAAUAUCAACAGGUAUUUUCAUUGUUUUAUCUUUCUAUCCGAGAUUCUUUGAUUGCCAGACAACUCAUAAGGCUCAAAAGACAGGAUAUAAACUGUUGAAAUUGAUAAAGCUGCACUAUCACAGAUUGAUUGUUUUAACUUUUUUAUUGUUUCUUUUAUUGAUUAAAAAUCAAAAUGAACAUUCACUUGAAGAAAAUUAAGCUCCUAUUUCAACAGCAAUAUUUUGCUGUUGAGCAAUGUCAUUGUGUUUUUAUACAUACAUAUAUAUCUAAUAUGUUUGUAAAAUAUUGCUUCGUUUCAUAUGUUUUCAACAGAAUAUCACAACUUAAACGCAUACGUAAUCUGAACAGAAAAUAAGUUUGAUGACUUAAUAUCUAGAUGACUACAUGUACAGAGCAUAUAUUAAAUUAGUCAUAUGAGGAUGACUAGUAGCAUAAAUCAUUGACAGAUUUCUUCUAUUUAGUCCUUUCAAAUUGAUGCAUGCAUUUAUUAUACUGAAAUCAACUUAGCAUGCAUUUGUUAAUUAAAGGGUACAUUACUUCGGCCCCUUUCUGUCUAUACAGCGUUUAUUUGUGUACUGCAGUAAUGAAUACAUAUUUCUUAUAUUA